AUGAAAUAUGGACAAGAACUACAACAAAAUAUCUUUGCACCAUGGCGUCUGUCUUACAUCGCAUACGAUGUCCUUAAACAAGAACUCAAAAGCCGCCAACUCGACCAUUCCUGGACAGAGACAGAUGAAACAGACUUUAUCACCUUACUCGACAAUGAACUCACUAAAGUAUAUGAUUUCAUCAAUGCCAAGCUAUCAGAAAUUGAUGCCCGUAUUCUCUACUGUGAACGUACCAUCCAAACACUUCAAAGAAACCCUACUAUGGCCUCAGACACCAAUUAUGGUAUUAUGGAUGAAGCACUAACAGAAAUUUUGUUUGAUGUGAAUGACUUGUCUCGAUUCACCCGUGUCAAUUUUGUAGCUAUUCAAAAGAUCCUAAAAAAGCAUGAUAAAUGGACUGGAUUGAACCUCAAACAAGCCUUUGUGGCCAAAUUGCGAGAGAAGCCAUUGGACAAACAACGAUUUGAUAUUGCCAUUGUCUAUAUCUCAGCACUGAAUGACAUCUGUCGUAACCGAGGCAAGCAAUCACCAGGUAACAGUGCAUCAGGAGGCGAUCAAAAUGCGUUUGAAAGAGCCACUGCCAAAUAUUGGAUUCACCCAGACAAUAUCACUGAAGUCAAGGCCAUUAUCAUGCUUCAUUUGCCUGUCUUGAUCUUCAAUAAAGAAAAGAAAUGGGAGCCUUCAGAUUCUACUAUUUCGAGCACUUAUUUCGAUAAUGGAAACUUUGAUUUAUACACAGGAAGGCUGCAAAGAGAUGAAGAAGCAGAAGCCAUACGGUUUAGAUGGUAUGGUCCUAAAGAUUCUGAUACUAUAUUUAUUGAGCGCAAAACACACCAUGCAUCUUGGUUGGACGGUGCAUCUGUCAAAGAUAGAUUUCGACUGAAAGAAAACCAAGUGAAUCAGUUUGUGUCGGGUGCUUAUACUGCCGAACAAAUUGCCAAUGACCAACGACUUGCGGGUGUAGAGAACACCACAGUAGAAAGCAUUCGAUUUACGGCCAAAGGUGUACAAAAUUCCUUUCGAAAAAAGCGCCUGGAACCCAUGUUGCGUGUAUUCUAUAGUAGAACAGCUUUUCAGUUACCAGACAAUCAACGUGUGCGUAUCUCACUCGAUACUGAUCUUACCUUUAUUCGUGAAGAUCAUUUAGAUAACAACUUUCGUAGACACCCUGCCCACCAUUGGCGAAGAAACGAUAUUGGUAUUGAUUAUCCUUUCCCUUAUAUGAAAGAAGCAGACAUACUUCGGUUUCCUUAUGCAGUGCUUGAGACAAAGAUACAGACUCAUUUGGGACAAGAACCUCCCACUUGGCUGACUUCUUUAGUCGAGAGUCAUCUUGUGCAUGAAGUCCCUAGAUUUUCAAAGUAUCUGCAUGGUGCAUGCCACUUUUACCGUGAAAAACUUCCUUUACUUCCCUGGUGGCUUUCUGAGCUCAAUGUGGAUAUUCGAAAACCCCGUGCAGAGAACAUUGGACUCACUCGAUCCCGUAGUUUCAAGCCCUUGAUUGACGGUAAAUACAGAAGAGCCAUGAUUGAAGAAAGAGAACGACAGGCCAUUGUGAAUGAACCCACCAAACCUCAGGUUGAACCUUCCAGCCUAAAGACAAUGCCUCCACUACCGCCCAUCAAAGACCUCAAGGAACCUGCUUUACUACAACGCCUCUUUCGCCCACAGCAUAAACCGCAUGAUAUUGAACAAGCAAAACAGAGGAUCAAGUUCAAGUCAGAUCCUAAAGUCUAUUUUGCUAAUGAACGUACUUUUAUCUCAUGGCUACAAUUUUGUGCAUUGCUCCUGACAGUGGCUCUUAACUUGCUUAACUUUGGUGACAUCAUCUCACGUACAGUAGGAGGUAUCUUUAUAGGCCUCGCUGCUGGUAUUGCCAUCUAUGCACUCUAUCGAUUUGAAAAGCGUGCAUGGAUGAUUAAUAGGCGUGUGGAUGGUCGAUAUGAUGAUGUUUGGGGUCCUGCUGUUCUCUGUGUUUUAUUGGUCGUUGCACUGAUUGUGAACUUUUACCUUCGUUUUCGUUAA